CGAAACACCAAUGAAGACUCAACAAAACCAAACCGGCCAAUGCUAAUGGAGAACUACACAAUUCCAAGUGUAGGUCCAAAAACUUACCAAAAUGGAGGAAGUGCCCUCUACUUUGACAGCGGCAUUGCCACUUGCACAGCAGAUAUCAGACGGGAAGUUUGGCAAAAAGAUGGAAGGAGGCUCAAGUUCUUGAAAUUUAGUUUGCCAAUCCUCUUCCGCAGCGGCAGGAUCAACAUCCUCUGGAGGGAAAUCAAAGUACUUCAACGUUUCAUCGAAGAAAUCAUCCGUUACCCCGCUGAAAUUUUUGUCGAAAAACCAAGAGUCGUUCAUAUUAAAAAAACCUGCAACAAUCGAACAAACACAGGGAAGAAAAAAAAACCCGUCAUUCACAAUCCGAAACCCACCAAUGACAUUCACGAAAGGAAACGAAUUGAGCAAAGAGGAUAUGCAAUCGCCGAAAAUCACACGCAUACACACAGAGAGAAAGAACAGGAAGACAAGACAAACCCUCAAGUAUUCGAUAUCCUUAUCAUCCGAACUCUCAAUACUCCAUGUAUCCAACCUUAUCCAAGAAAAACAAAUAUGCAGCCAAAUUCUUCAGAGCAAUCACAUUCUGUCAUGGACACGUUUUGAAAAAUAUAUAUGGGAAUCAGGGGCAAGAAAAACUGACCAUGAAAAGACAGUCCUUUUAAGAUUCUAAGACGAUACGUUUUACCCUUAAUUACCCCGCACGCACAUUCCAAUAUUCCAACACAUUAAUAGCAAAUCCAUUUUGACUCAAAAUGUGCCACACGGGAUUAGUGGGCUUUUAUUUUCUUUCAUAUGAUUAUUCUCACCCCUUCCUCUUCUAAUCUUCUUGCUCACCCGGGCCGCUUGUAGGAUUUCUAUUGGCUGCAGUUAUGUGGCACACCCACUAAUUACCCGCCACAUCACUGAUUAACCCUAUUCGAAACACACAUUCCCUAUAUAUAUAUAUAUUUUUUACCAUUGAAAAGAUAUACACUCCUAAUCACCCACAAACCAAAAAUGGCAAGGAGAGGGAGAGUUUCUCUCCCAAGUCAGGAGGAUCCACACCCACUAAAUAAGAACGAAAAUUUAUGGAAAACACCAAGACUCAUAUACCAGACGGAUGGGGAAAAUAGUAGGUGCGUCCUUUUCAAACGGUGAUUACCCUAUCGUUUUCUUCGUGUCUGUGACAUUUAAUCAAACACCUAGAAGACAGCAUCGCUAAGCAAAACUACUUCCUUCUUCUUCCCUCCCUCUUUCAACGCAUUUUCGUUACUAAAAGAAUGCCUAAUUAAACUGCAGCAGAAAACCGAAACUCUCUCUCUCUCAUACGUUUUCCCCCCCAAAAAAAAACAAUUUCGAAAAAUUUCCACUCGUUUUCCUCCAUUUUCCUCGCCGAACAAACACAACACAGCCAAACGGCAGCGAAAACUCUCAAUUUCUCAGGGGCGGCCAUGCAACUGAACGGAUAACAAGCAUAACAAAACGGGAAUAAAAAGAAAAAAAAAACAAAAUGCAACUACACAGCAGAAAUCAGCGCGCGCGCGCGGGCAACAGAGAAUAUAGAUAGAUAGAGAGGUGAGAAGAGGAAAGAACCUGGCUCGGCUGGCUAAACGGGAGAGAAUGAGUGGAAACCCUAGGGGUAGCCCUAGAGAAGGAAGGAAGCGAGGAGUGUCGGCAUUUUCUGGUAGCUGGGAGGGAAGAAACGAGCGGGGAGCGUGGGGAAGCUUAGCGACGGAGGCCGGGCAUUUCAAUUUCCGGCGGCGGCGAGAGAGGAGGGUGAAAGCGGGUGGGAGAGGAGCCGAGGAGGAGGAGAAGGAAGGGGAUGAGAUGAGAUGAGGUGGCGGUGGGGAGUGAUGAAGAAAUGUGAGCGAGAGAGAGAGAGAGAGAGAGAUUCCGCACUUCCGCCUCCGCUUUGAAUCUCGAUGUCUGAGAUAGAAAGAGGGAUUUUUUUUUUAGGUUUUCUACUCGGAGGGCGCGUUACGCUGGGGGCGGGCUCAUGGAAAUCCCGUGCAUCCCGCGCUUAUUAUUUUCCCGGUGGCGAUUUCUUUUAAACAGAAAAAAAUGGUGUGGCAGAAUUUGUUGUGUUGCCAAAUGCCAAUGCCAUAUUACGAUUUUUGUGAAAUAGGCAUUCAUGAAUUCAAUCGCGAGCUAUUAUGUUGUUAAAAAAAAAUAAAUUUCAUUUAAAAAAUACAUAAAAAAAUU